AAAAAAAAAGGACUACAAUCUAGGGAAAAGGGUGCCCAUAUCGCCAGCUUGCAGAGCCAAUCAACCCUAGCUCAGCAGGAGGGUGGCUAUUUACCCUUAAAAAUUUGACAAAACUACGGGGAUUGAUUGAUAGAGCAAUUUAACCUAAAAAUUAAAAAGCUUUGAUAUUUUCAAUAAAUUAUGUAUUUUUAAUUUUUUUGAGAGGUCUAUAAUACAAUACUCGAUGAGAAGGGAUCAGAUAAGGUUGUUGAGAAAGAAGAAAUGGAGGAAGCAAAGGGAGUUGUGAAGCACGUUUUCCUUGCAAAGUUCAAGGACGACGUCACUCCAGAGCGGAUUGAGGAGCUCAUCAAGGACUAUGCCAAUCUUGUCAAUCUCAUCCCACCCAUGAAGUCAUUCCAUUGGGGCAAGGAUGUAAGUGCUGAAAACAUGCAUCAAGGCUUCACUCAUGUGUUUGAAUCAACCUUUGAGAGUACAGAAGGCAUUGCAGAGUAUACAGCUCAUCCUGCCCAUGUUGAAUAUGCAACUUUGUUCCUUUCCUACCUGGACAAAGUCAUUGUGAUUGACUAUAAGCCUACCAUUGUUAAGCUUUGAUGGGAGAAGUUAUGCCUCGUUCACUGCUAGUGUUCUUAUAAAAAUAAAUUUGGUUUCCUAUCUAAGCAAUUCCUGUGUACACUACGACGCUCCUCCCGAGUCAUAUAUUGAGUGUCAUUCUCUGUUGUCUGGAUAUUGACAAUUCUAAAAACCUUACUGAUAUAGGAAUGUACUAUUAAAUCACUCCAAUGUUUAAAAUCAAUAAUCAGUUACCUAUAAUUUUACCUAUAUAAGUUCAAAAUGAUCAAUCU